GCGGCGGUUUCCAAGCUACGGGGAAGCCCGGCGGAUCGACUUCCGGCGUGACCGGAAGUUCCCCCGCUGGGGGGCGGAGGAGGCGCUUCCGCAUCCGGGUCGGCGGUGCCGUGGCGGCGGUGCCAGGUGGGCGCGGGGUCUCCGGGAGGGAGGGAGGGAGGCAGGUCCCGCAGCCGCCCGUGACGCGCCCGGCGGGGCCGCUGUGAUGCCUCCGGAGCCCCGCCGCGGUCACAAAGCCGGGCCUGCCGGGGGAGGAUGAGGAGGGGGAGGAAGCCUGGCCGGCCAGCCACGCCCCGAUCGCCUCCCCGGCCCCGCCGCCCGGAAGGAACCGCUCAGGUGCCGAUGGGGCCGGUGAGGAGGCCGAGAGGGUCGCCGGGCUGCGCCCCCCCCCCCCGCCUUUCCCCCCCCUCCCUCCCCCCCCCUCGGGGCCCCCUUCCAAGGGGGGAGGGGCGGAAGGGGCUCCCGGGGAUUCACCCCCCUCCCUCCCUCCGUCUCUUGCAGGGCAGCCACGCCGACCUGCCCGUCUCCUCCUCCUCCUCCUGCAGCCGGAGGAGCCCUCUAUAGAGAGCCGCCUGCUGCUGCUGCUGCUGCUGCCUGCCUGAUCCGGAGCCGCCUCCUCCUCCGCUGGGCGCCAUGUCGGACCUCCUGCUCAACCUGGAGACGGUGCUCCCACCCCCGCCAGCCCAGAAGGGCCCCGCGGGGGGCAACAAGAAGCACCAGCGCUUCGUCAAACGCCGGCAGUUCCUGGAGCGGAAGGGCUUCCUCAAGCAGAAGCAGCUGCCCCCCCAGCCGCCCCCACCCAGGCGGGACACCUCCCUCGGCUGCCCCGCGGGGCCCCACCGGCCCAAGAAGAAGCAGAGGGUGGAGGCCAAAGAGGGCGGCAAGCCCUCGCCGGAGGAGCGGCCCCCUUGCAGGCUCAAAAUGCCGCCCAAGGAGACCUCCGGCUCGGGCGCCGUGGAUCCCACAUCCUGGACCUCCGGCUCCUCGGCAGCGGCGGCUGCGUCGUCAUCGAGGAAAACGGGGAGCGGUGCCGGGAAGCCCAACGGGACCCUCUGCAGCCGGGGGGACGUUCCCCGAGUCGACCUGUUGAGCGAAUUCAAGAGUGGCCUCCCUGAUGCGCCGGGGCUCGCCAAGCCCAGCAAAAUGGUGGCCAUUGACUGUGAGAUGGUGGGCACGGGGCCCGGCGGGCGCAAUAGUGACCUCGCUCGAUGCAGCGUGGUUGGCUAUUAUGGCGAUGUGAUGUACGAUAAGUACAUCCGUCCCCUGAGCCCCAUCACCAAUUACCGGACUCGGUGGAGUGGCAUCCGGCAGCACCACAUGAGAGACGCCGUCCCCUUCAAGCUAGCCCAGAAAGAGAUUCUGAAGCUUCUCUCGGGGAAGAUUGUCAUUGGCCACGCCAUCCACAACGACUUCAAAGCCCUCAAAUAUUUCCACCCCAAAUCCUUGACCAGGGACACCUCAAAAAUCCCCCUGCUCAAUCGGAAGGCCGGCUUCCCCGAGAAUGAGUCGGCCUCCCUGAAGCGGCUCACCAAGCAGCUCCUGCACCAAGACAUCCAGGUUGGUCACAAUGGACACUCGUCGGUCGAAGAUGCCAGGGCUACCAUGGAGCUGUACAAGGUGAUCGAGGUGGAGUGGGAGAGGCACUUGGCCACCUCCCCUCUCCAGGACGGACCGCCGGACACCACGUGACGGCCCUUGGCCAAGAGCCAGCUGGCCUGGACUUGACGGAGCGAGAGCUGCAGAUGCGGCAGAAGCUUUCGGAGGGAGGGGCAGAGGAGGGGAAGAAGGCGUAGCUGACCUGAGGGGUGGGUGGGGGUGUGAGAAGGACGAGUCCAUUACAUUGUCUCCAGCUGAGGCCCACAUCGGUGUCUUCCUUGCAGGCUUCUUGGGAGCCCAUCCAGCCCUGAGGCGGGGGGGGGGGGAAGCCCUGCUUGCCUGCCGGAGCUCUAGGGUGGCUGGUGCCUCCCCAGAGAUGGGGGAGGGAGCAGGAGCGGGGCCACAACCACAGAGGGCUUCCUCAGCCGGUGGAGCGGUUGGGCACAGCCCUCCCAAUGCCCCCCGGUGCUGAAGGCUUGUAAGGAGCCUUGGGGCCUCCAGGCGGCUGAGGCUGCCUUAUUCAAAGGCAUCGGGAGUUGCUCCCCUCUCUUGAAGGUUGGGGGCAUCCCGGCUGCAGGGGCCACUCGGGAUUGCCCCCUUCAGCAGCCGCCUGGGGCCCCGUGAGCGCAAGGAGGCCUCCCGCUUCGCCUCCAGGGGCAGCGUUUGGUCCUCCAACAGGCGCUGGGGACUUUUAAUCGUCAAGAGGCGCCUUCCGGUCUUGGCACACCGUCCGUCCGUGUCAGAAGAAGGAGGGGGGGGGCGCCUGGUUUUUAUGGCUUGUGUUGG